AUGCCUCCCAAACCACGACCCAUCCUCAAGCAGAACUCUGCAACUAUACCCUCCUCACGUUUGAAGGAGGAAGAAGCAGCCAAAGCCAUGCCUCCUCCCCCCGACCCACCGAAGCCACCAAGGAUAUUAGAGCCUGAGAUGAAGGCAUUGUCCUCCUGCCUACAGAAUGCUGCUGUCAAGACUGCCCAAAUAUACAAGUUCUACGCGGAUACACACAAACUUGGCGUUCAACAAUACACGCCUGGUCCACCGUCGUCUCUCACUGCCUCACUGGGACGUGAGAUUGAGAAGUAUGAUCAGCUGUGCGAUGCUAUCGAGACACAAUUACUUCGCGCAGUUUCAGUUCUGCAGAGAGAUCUAGCCCGGGAGGAACGUCGCGUAGAGGAGGAAGAGGCGGCUGCGGCUGCGAUCAAGGCAGCGAACGACAAGCCAUUGCUCACUUCCAUCACCACGGCAGAUUCAGCCGACGGAGAGUCAAGUCAACCGAAGACACCUACAAGGCCUUCGCCCGGGAGCAAUGCAGCGAAUCCGUUGAACAGGCGGCCGUCUAGUAUCUCUAUCUCCUCCCUCCAUCGCGCUCCGUUCCCACUCAAGUUGGAUCUAUCUUCGCCCUCUUUACGGACAUCGCCAGAAGAUGUAGCGUUAUUCUCAGGGGGAUUGGCCUCGCCUAUUGUCCUUGGGCAAAGGCCGUUGAUGAGUACUGGUCCACCGCCUGAGUUCAACCCUGAGCUAUUGUCUGCCUUUGCAUCGUCGGCACCUGACGGGCGAGUUGAUAUCGACCUAACCCUCGCUGACUCCGACAAUAUGGUAGUUGGAGGUCAGGAACUGGCCAACAUCGGCAAUUCAGCCGACAAACCUAUCGAACUUGAUCUGGAAUCUAUGGAUAUCGAGAUGGAGAAUAUGCUAUUUGGUCAAGGCCGCGAUACCACUGUCAGCGAUAACCCCUUUUCUUCUGCAGACGGUAUGCAGGUGGAAGACGAUUCUAGCAAGGGUGUAAAAGCUGAAGAAAAUAUCGACGCUGACAUUCUGGACGCCCUUACCGCCACUGCGCCCCAUGAUCACGACAACAUCUUUGGGGACCUCUCGCAAGAGAACACAAAUACGGUGAUGAGCGACGGUUCCAACGCCCCCACUAACUUGGAUAAUCAAGCUGGUGAGUCCCCUGGGAGCAUGCUUCGGAGCUUUGAAGCAGCAGCAGCCAAUCUGGACGGUCUCGACCAACCUACUCUCCCAGGCGCUCAGAAUAUACCUGAUGGGGGAUUCGACUUCUUGAAUCCCGAGUUCUUUGCCAGCACGCAGGAUCCCGACCUUGACGACCUAUUCAGCACCAUGGGCGAACAAGACGGUGGGACACAUACGCAGACAGACGAAGCCAAGCAUUGA